UUAGUUUUAUAUUGUCAUGAUGACAAUAAAAAGUGAAUGUAUGCUUUCUGAUGUACUGAUAAAGCAAUAUACUAAUUAUGCAAUAGGACGUGUUCGUAUUGCUGUCGAUUUAAUAUUUGAACUUGGACAAGUCGUACCGAUAACAAAGGCCACCCUUACGAGCAGACUAAAAGAGACGCUUUAGUGUUUAGUCCCUGCAGACGCGAACAACAACAUUCCUUGUAAAAGGCGCUAACUGGAAGUAUAGUUACAGAAAUGACAGUAUAUUUUGCAGUUCGAUGUAUUUUGUUGAUUUUCUUGGUUACCAAGUUAUCGGAAUACUACAGAAUACAGAAAAAUAGCACAGGGCCAUUAUUACCAGAAUGGAACGAAACGUUGGACUUGCUGCCAUCUUUGAAUGUUAAAGUUACAGAAAAGGGAUUAAACUUCUUAAAAGAUGCUGGUUUAAUGUUGGCAACAAAACAAGUCAGAGGAAUUAAAUUACCUGACGUUUCCGACAAAUCAAAGAUCGCCAUCAUAGGAAACGUGAAAUACACUCUAUCUGAGUAUAUAUUUCUGGCGGGGGUUAUUAUGCUAUAAAUACUAAAUUAAUCAUUUUUUAGAAUAAGAAUAAACAGUUUUACUUUGGCAAGAAGUAAAAUAAUCACAGAAGCACCGAAUACCGUUCGCCUUGUCUUACAAAAUGCCUUCGUGCAAUUAAGCGGUAAUUGGAGAUACAAAAUACGUUUUAUAAGUGGCCAUGGCUCGUUCGAUGCAAAAGCAAAUGGUAUUUCGGUAAACUUGGCAAUCAGUAUCGGAAUGAACGACUUCGGACAACCUACGGUUAAAACUAAAAGCUGCAGUGCAACCAUCAGCAGUAUUUCCCUACGCGUUCAUGGCGGUCCGUCCUGGCUUUACAAUCUCAUUCUUAAAGUUAUGAAGGGAAAAGUUAAAAGGAGUGUAAACAAACAGAUUUGCCCAGCAAUUAUAAAGGCGAUAAACAAGCAAACUGAAAAGGCGUUGUCAGAACUAAAAGUCACAAUUCCGUUGUUGGGAAAUGUAAUGGUAAACGCGUCUCUUACUGAAGCACCGUCUAUAACUUCUCAGUCAAUGGUAUUGCUCACAAGCGGUAGAUGCAUUCCAAAAAACAAUUCAGAUAUUCGGUUUCCUUUCUCGCCGACCGAGAUAUCGGUUCUACCGGGCACAGAUCAGAUGACUGACGUAGUAAUAGGCGAAUACUUCUUUCGUACUUUCGGGUACUCGCUGUGGAGUGAAAAAACGCUCGACAUAUGGGUCACAAACAUGGUUAAUGAAGAACUUAAAGACAUGAAGGCAAAUAUGCUUAUCAGCUUAAUUCUUUCUGAUGGCUCCCCAUUUAAAUUCAAAAAUAGGCCUCUUCAAUUUGAAGCAAAUGUCACAAGACCACCACAUUUUCACAUUAGAACGGAAAACUUUGAAGCGACAAUUGAUAUGGACUUAUAUGUUUAUGUUAUCCUGAAGGACCAAACAAAACGUUUGGAAAUGAUCCUGCAAAUGGUAACCGAAGUAACGGCAAAACUCUCAGUAAACAAUACUAAGUUCACAGCUACCGUGUCGGGUUUGACUGCAAACAUUAUUAAGGCGAAAAAGAGUUUCGUGGGGAAAAUUGCAGUUCCAAUUGCAAAUCACGAGCUUCAUAAAAUGUCACGUUCAAAGGUUAUUCCAGCCAUCAACAGGAGGUUGCAGCAAGGUUACGCAUUACCAACUUUUACAGGAGUUUCGUACGAAAAUCCAAGGUUACAACUCAUUGAGGUAAAAUAGAUUGCCCUCGUGUUUAUAAGUGGCUAAAAUGUCUCUUCCAUGUAGACUGAAGUUAAGAACCUACAGAUUACCAGUAUAUAGCCUGAUUAAUUUCUAAAUGCUGUCGUAAAGCGCAUAUAACUUACGUUUUUUUGUACAAUAUUUUUUAAUACGUUGUCGCCUCCAGUUAACGAAAAUGCUAAUUACUGUAAAAUUUAGUUUUUAAUUCAAGUCGGUUACUUUUAUCAUUAUUAUUAUAUUGUAACGUGUUUAGCGGCGAAAGAAAUAGCUAUUUGUCAUUUUUAACAAUUGUAAAAAAAGAUUUUUUAAACACAUAUUUACAAUUUUUUCGUGUAUCUAUUGUUUUUUGAAAUAUGACCGUACAUUCAAUAAUCUGUGUUCUGAGAUCUGGAACUCCGCUGGCCGCCAUGUUUGGCUCUUAAGUGCCACUACCAGGUUGUAGUUCUGAUGAUCCCGACGGAUGUUUAAACCGCAGCAAAUCACCGACGUGUUAUGAAUGAAUGAGAAUGUAAACAUACUUUAUCCUCGCGUGGCCGGAAAGCGACAGUCGUUAUACCAUGGGUUUAACACAUGGCAGGCCAUUUCCGUAAAGGCGUAAACAGAAAUACAUUGAUUAUAUAAGUGAGCACAGCUCUAAUUAGUGAGCACGUAUUAUAUAUAGAAUAACAUUAAUUAACCCUGCUUUUUCUACGUCACUGAACUUUGACCAUUCAGAGUACUAUGAUUUAACAUUCCUUAGUAAUCGGCGUUUGUAAUCAGCGAUCUUUUAUAAGCGACUCCCUUCUUUAAAGUUCACAGAAUGUUUAGUUCGGCUGUUAAGACUCGUUAAGCUAUAUUACUCAUCGUUCCGUUGUUAAUAUUUGUAAAACAUAGGUUUUGUGUUUCAGCAUACUUUGAUUCUAUUUGAAUAAUGCGAAGUUAAGUUAGCCCUCCUUUCAAUUUGCAACAUUUAAAUUACACAUAUUUAAUCAGAAGUAUAAAGUAGCCUACAUUUUUGAAAAACAAUACUUAACAUACCAUCUUAUUUUAUAUAUUCUUUAAUUACAUAACUAUUUU